ACUGGCAUUGCACUACUCCACAUUCACUACACAAAAAGCGAAUGAAAAGGGAACCUCUGCACCCGGUGUCAUGGCAGGAGAGGGGAUCACUAUUUCCCACGGAAUAGCAAGCCCAGGGCGCUACCAGGACCACUUCAAAACCCGGAAUCUCACUGAAUGCACUGAAGAUCACCGACUGUUUGCCCUGCCAGGACCUGAAUGUUUGCCGGUUAAAAUGGACACUGAGGGGGGUCGAGCAGACAGCGAGGACGAGGAUUCAGGAGAGCCACUAUUUCAAGUACUGCUGGAUGUGACUCAGUUUAAACCAGACGACAUCCUCAUACAGGUCUUUGAAGGGUGGCUGCUUAUUAGAGGUCGGCAUGGGGUGAGGAUGGACGAGCAUGGCUUUGUGUCACGAAGUUUCACCAGACAGUAUCAGCUGCCUGACCGUCAGCUCCAGGCAGGGGACCUCAAAGCCAUGCUGUGUCAUGACGGGAUUCUAGUGGUGGAGACCAAGGACCGAUGGUGGCCAGCAUGUGAUUAGGAAAACACAGUGACUUAACACCAUUCGUCGUGUUAGUUGAACAGUGUUGUUGUGAUCAGUUAGCCGGUAAAGCUAUCACAUUCUUUGCUGGUGAAUGACAAUUCAUUCAUUCAUUCAAUUUUGCUUGAUUUUGGGUGCCCCCAGUUGUUCAACAAUAAGCUUGAUUGGCUGCAUAAUGCAUAGUGGGACAAAAAAUAAAUGACUCAUAUCUGUUCAUAUUUCUAUAGAUAACCUAAAAUAAGUCAUUAAAAAUAAGCAUCAAGUGCAACAGUUUCCUUAAAGGAGUGUAAUUAAAAUGUACGAUUACAUCUCAUUAUGUCAUUCUGCAAGCACGUUUAUCAGCAUGCCAAUACUAUAAUUCAGCGCUACUGUAUAUUUAGGAAUUGUUUGACAAACCUGUUUAGCACAAAAAGUAAACAUGCCGGCCGGCAUGACCUCAUAAUACUGGUAAAAACAGAAACCUAUUCUUUGAGUAAAGAAGUUUUAACGUU